GUUAACUAACGCUCGGCGCUCACGCCUGCGCCCCGCUUUCCGCUGACCUCCACCGUCGCCUCCUCCUCUUUAUAUAUUCAUGAAGCACAGGGACACAGCGGGUGGGGCACAGAUAAAUAAAAGCUGAGUGAGCUGAAACGGCACACAGGAAGAGGAACUGUGCAUGCGGUGGUUCUCCGGGACGCAGCCCGCUGUUCGUCUGGGCCCUGCCGACUCGCUGGAGAGACUAUAACCCCACUGUGGGGUGCGAGGAGAGGAGAGCUGCCCUGCGUGGAGCUCCAAGAUGAAGCCUCCAUCUGGGCAAGGCAUAAGGCUGGCGUGCCUUCUUGGCUUGGCUUCCUUCUGCCUUCCCAUCCCGCUCUGGGAGGACCGAGCCUCCUUCAUGCAGGAGGAGAAAGCCAGAAUGACAGGGGGCAAUUUGGUGCUGAGCAUCCAGGAGCAGCAGGUCAGCACGAAGCUCGUCAACCUCAAGAAGAAGGAGGUCGCAGCAGCCUUGAACACAGGGCAGUUCCCUCCAAGCAUGCACUUCUUUCGGGCAAAAAGCCUCAUCGAGCAGAGCGCAGUGUUCAGCAUCCUGAAGCGCAUGCCAAAAGGUGCUGUCCUACACCUGCACGACUAUGCCAUGCUGAGCGUGGACUGGCUGGUGUACAAUGCUACCUAUCUCCCUGACUGCUACAUCUGCUUCACCCACACGGGCACUGUUCGGUUUCACUUUUCCAAGCCUCACCCUCCUCACCCAGUGCCGGCCCAGUGUUCCCAGUGGGUUUUGCUGGAGACUUACCGAAAACAGCUGCACAAUGUGACUGAGUUUGAUGACAGCUUGCUGAGAAACUUGACCCUGGUGACGGAUGCCCCGGAGCUGGCCUACCCUUCCCAGGCCUUCAUCUGGAAAAGGUUUGAAGAAAUCUUUCUCAUCGCUUCUGGACUUAUCUGCUAUGCACCUGUGUUCAAGGCCUAUUUCUACCAGGGGCUGCUGGAGCUUUAUGAGGAUAAUAUACAGUAUGUUGAGAUAAGAGCUAUCCUGCCUGCGGUGUACGAGCUCGACGGCACUCGGCACAACAAGUCCUGGUCGGUGGCGGCAUACCAGGAGGUGAGCAGGCGGUUUGCACAGGAGCACCCCGAUUUCCUUGGAGCAAAGGUCAUCUUCGCAGCGCACAGGAUGCUGAAUGUUUCCCAGAUAAAAGAAACCAUCAUCACCGCCAUGGAACUUAGAGCCCACUUCCCAGAUACCCUGGCAGGCUUCGACUUGGUUGGCAAUGAGGAUCAAGGUCAUUCUUUAUGGGAGUUUAAGGAUGUCCUGACCAUCCCAUAUUCCCUGGGGGUCAACCUGCCUUACUUCUUCCAUGCUGGAGAGACAGACUGGCAGGGCACCUCUGUAGACAACAAUGUUCUGGAUGCUCUGGUAUUGAAUACCAGCAGGAUUGGCCAUGGACUUGCCCUCACUAAACACCCAGUAGCCAAAAAUUUGUCUCUGAAGAGGGAUAUUCCUGUAGAAGUCUGUCCCAUCUCCAACCAGGUGCUGCUGUUGGUGUCUGACUUACGGAGCCACCCCGCAGCCAAUCUCAUAGCUGAAGGGCACCCUGUUGUGGUCAGCCCUGAUGAUCCCUCCAUCUUUGGGGCAAAGGGUGUCUCUUAUGACUUCUACGAGGUGUUCAUGGCCAUUGGAGGGAUGAAUGCUGACUUGAGGACCUUGAAACAACUUGCGCUCAACUCCAUAAAAUACAGUGCCAUGCUACCGGAUGAGAAAGCCAAGGCCAGAGAGGUCUGGCAGAAAAAAUGGGACCAAUUUGUGGCUGAUCUCACUGAUAGCUCGUUGAUGGAGCUUUAGAAGGGAGGACACCCAUCUCGGAAGGCAUUUGGCAAGCCAGAGAAAGCCAGGCUUGUUGCUGGGAGGCAGCCUGCUUCUUCCACGUGACUUGAGCAGAUGAAGGAACCCCUACGUCUCAGCCAGCCCUGGGCGAUGUGGUUAAGCUGAGCUUAAUGCUAGGAAUGAGCUGUGUUAUCCUGGGGAAGUCAAGGUCCACAGGUAAAAUGAAGCAGCAAGCCUCUGGAACAACACCAGCAGAGUAUGCCACUCAAAACAGUCAAAACAAUUAUAAGUCACCUGUGACCAAAUCCUGACAUCCUUAUUCAGGAAAAAUAUGCCUUCUAAUUAGACUUAAUGGGUCAUCGCCAACAUGAGGAUCCCUGAAUUUUGCCUUAUCGUUACAAAAUGCAGACCUUGUCCAGAAACAGCUAAGACAAACAUCCAGCCAUUUGGGCCACUGACCUCUGGGAGAGCAAGGACUGAAAAUGACUCUUGUUAUGUUUAACCCUGGGCCUGCUGCCAGAAUAGCACUGCUGGGUGGAAGAACCAGUUGUAGGCUUGACGUCUGCUAUUUCAGGACCUACCACGGCUGGAAACAAGCAGAUGGAACCAUGCAAAUGUUCCCAGACCGUGUAAGGUUGGUUGCACGGAGAUCAGAAGGACAAAAAGGGGUGCUUCAUUUCCCUGUGGUUGUUUAAUUUUCUCUUCCCUGCGGAAUCCUUUCCUGUCUUCUGGCCACAGGGAAGCUAAAUACUUUGUAUCUGAGAAAACCCACCCUGGCUUUUCAGAUCAUGUUUGACUAAACACUCAUUCUGUCCUGCAGUGUGUUAACAUAGGCUCUGAAUUUAUAAGAAGUGCUUUUUGAUAUCAAGUGGUUCCA